CAGUUUUACACUAGUUUUCAGUCAUGAAGCAAGAAGAGCAUCUGUGUGGGCGGGGCUUAAUACCGCUCGUCACUCGAGCGAUGAUGACAUCACUGAGCUUACGUAGAGACAAUGUCCCUGUCGUUGCUCCAUGAAUCGACAGUGUGGAUCACGUCUCAACAUCAAGGUGUGAAGACAGGAGCUGGAGAGGUUUGAAGGACGUUGAGUUGUGGUUGAGUGUAUUCCAGCAGCAUGUCCAUCUCCAGCACACCCACCAGUAAUGAUGCCUGUCUGAGCAUCGUCCACAGUCUCAUGUGCCAUCGGCAGGGAGGAGAGAGCGAGACGUUCGCCAAACGAGCGAUAGAAAGUUUGGUGAAGAAGCUGAAAGAGAAGAAAGAUGAGUUAGACUCACUGAUCACUGCCAUCACUACGAACGGAGCUCAUCCCAGUAAAUGUGUGACUAUACAGCGCACGCUAGACGGGAGACUGCAGGUGGCCGGUCGUAAAGGGUUUCCUCAUGUCAUAUACACACGGCUGUGGCGAUGGCCCGAUCUGCACAAGAACGAGCUGAAGCACGUGAAGUACUGCCAGUUUGCCUUUGACCUGAAAUGCGACAAUGUGUGUGUGAACCCAUAUCACUAUGAGAGGGUCGUGUCUCCAAGCAUCGAUCUGUCUGUCCUGACUCUGGGCGGCCCAGGUCCGAGUGGAGAGCUCAUGGUGAAGGACGAGUUUGAGGGUCAGCCGUCACAUUCAUCUGCUGAUGGAGGUCAUAGUAUUCAAACCAUCCAACACACUGGCACCUCCUCUGCUCCACCCGACGCUUUCCACAGCCCCGCCCUCCUGCCCCCAGCUGACUCCACAAGCUCCGCCUCCACUUCUGCAUUCACCAGUAUGGCUGCCGGUCCAACCAAUGCCCCCAGCUCAUGGCCCAGAGGAAGUAGUUUCCCCCCCAGCAUCCCCCAUCAGAACGGGCACCUGCAGCACCAUCCUCCCCUGCCUCACACGGGCCAGUACUGGUCAGUCCACAAUGAGCUGGCGUUCCAGCCGCCCAUAUCCACACAUCCAACUCCAGAUUACUGGUGCUCGAUUGCAUACUUUGAGAUGGACAUUCAGGUGGGCGAGACGUUUAAGGUGCCCUCCAACUGUCCCGUCGUAACGGUGGACGGUUAUGUGGACCCUUCAGGAGGAGAUCGCUUCUGUCUCGGCCAGCUGAGUAACGUCCAUCGCACCGAGGCCAUCGAGAGAGCCAGGCUUCAUAUCGGUAAAGGUGUCCAGCUGGAGUGUAAAGGAGAGGGUGACGUGUGGGUGCGCUGCCUCAGUGAUCACGCAGUGUUUGUGCAGAGUUAUUAUCUGGACCGCGAGGCUGGACGAGCUCCGGGUGACGCCGUCCACAAAAUCUACCCCAGUGCCUACAUCAAGGUGUUUGACUUGCGCCAGUGUCACCGGCAGAUGCAGCAGCAGGCAGCGACGGCUCAGGCGGCAGCGUCUGCGCAGGCGGCUGCGGUGGCGGGGAACAUCCCGGGACCGGGCUCUGUGGGGGGCAUCGCCCCUGCUAUCAGUCUGUCUGCGGCGGCAGGCAUCGGCGUGGACGACCUGCGGCGUCUCUGCAUUCUGCGCAUGAGUUUCGUGAAGGGCUGGGGUCCUGAUUACCCUCGCCAGAGCAUCAAGGAGACCCCGUGCUGGAUCGAAAUUCAUUUACACCGGGCCCUUCAGCUCUUGGACGAGGUUCUGCACACCAUGCCUAUAGCCGACCCGCAACCUCUGGACUGAUGAUCGGACAUUUAGAACAGUGCAUAAAUCAUAUAGCUCAAAACGACUUCACUGACCUGACUUUAGCCGUGGCAUCUCACAUAAGAUUGAAAACCAGCAAAUGCUACAAAACAACACUAGAUCAAACAGAACUGUUCAGAACCUUUUUUUAAAACCUUCACUUUUGAU